GAUUUGGUUCCAAAAUAAUAUCAAAAAAAAAUAAAAAUAAAAAUUCUCUUGUCUCAAUAUAUUUAUGUGCAUAUAAAUAUAAAAAGUUAAAUAAAUAAAUAGACAUCGUUCGCUGCAUUGCAUAUCCACCCUUCUUCGACAUGUAAAAUUCGAUACAACCGCGUUUCAUUCGUUUCUCUCGUCAACGUGCUUUCACAUACGUCAUACUAAUUAGAAAUAAUUUAAUAUUCCGAUAUAUGAUGAUUUAUAUGAACUACAAUCCGGCAUUCACCUAAAUUCGUUUCUUUCAGAAUGUACAUCUUUUACAUUCUUUAUAUCGUACUGCUGACUUUCGAAUAUUUAGAUUGUGGAAGGGUUCAUAAGAUUCCAGUUACCUUAAAUCAAAGAGAAAUACGUUACGCCGAAGGAGGAACUUGUAACAGCAAUCCAGGUAAUCCAAAUAAUUCAAAGAAAACUACGGAAAAAAGUAGUAACAUCGCGCAGAAAGCUGCACAGGAAGCUAAAGCUGCUUCAGAUGCACAGAAUAUUGCUGGUCAGCAAGCCGCACGUCAAGUGAAAACACAACUUGCUGAGAAAGCAGUACAGGCUGCAAAAGCUGCAGAAGAGGUGCUUUCAGGGAAGAAAGUAAUAGUAGAUCAAUUACAAGAAGAAGUGAGGGAAGCACAAUCAGUUGUUCAAGAAGAGUCCGCAUCCAUGGAACAGGAACAAGCUAAUGUUAAUGCUGCUGUACAAGCAGCACGUCAGUCACAAGAUCAGUUGAAAACGUUAACACGCGCGAUGCAAACAGCUAAGGCGAAUGCGGCGAACGCACAGGCUGCUGCGAACGGGGCGCAAAAAAGUUUACGAGAGAAAGAAGAAUUGGUAGAUGCGGCGAAAAGGCGGGUUGAAGAAUUGUCAAGUCAGCUGAAGAAUGCUAGACAAGAGCUUGCUAACACGAAUCGUGCGGCUGCUAGGGCAAGUGCUGCUGCUAGCGAAGCGAAAGCCAACGCUAGCAGGAACAAAAGACGACUGGAGAACAUUCGAAAGAUGAGGACCAUGAAAAAAAGAUGCAUACAUGCUUAAAAAGGAACUAAUGAAGUAACGACACUGAAAAACUUAUAAUAAUAUUACAUCGAUUAAUUAGAUAUAAAUUUAUGCUAAAAUAUAAUAUUAGAAGUAAAUAGCAAACCUAUAUUUUUAUAUUUUCCAAUUUUUACAACAUAAAAUAACAUAUCAAUAGAAUAGAAGAAAUAAUCAACUCUGCAACGAUUUAUUUUUAUAAAAACAAUUUAUAAACGAACGAAAAUAACGAAAUUAUAAUAAUGAAAUAUUUUUCCUGAAAAUAUUUUUUCCUCAAAAUUGAUCUUGAUCCAUAUGAUUUUCAAUAUUAUUAUCUUUCAUAAACUCUUUUUUUUUUAUCAUGACAUUACAUCUAUGGCUAUUUACAUUAAAAAAUCAAUAAAAAUUCUUUUAUUUUA